CCUUCGCGGAACAUUUCAAUGCUGUAGAAGUUCACUAAUCAACACCGGUUGACCGGUUUUCGCCUUACGUAAAGAUUUUUGUCAAACCCGACCGGACGGAGAUGCCUGUCGACCACAUCUGGAUGUUUCCAAAUAAACCGAGCAGGUUAUGGAAUAUUUCUUCUAAGAUCGUGCUCUCUCUUGUCGGAUCCACAAGUAAACUAUGGACAGAUUGUCUGAAUUCGUUCAACAUCGUCAACAAAGAUGUCUUGUAUGAUGCCAUUGAGAAUAGACCAGUUAACCAAGGCUUAGUCACAGUUAGUAACCAUUACAGCUGUAUUGAUGAACCGGUCCUGUGGGGAAUCCUGAAGUGGAGGUAUUUGAUUGGUGGUCGGAACAUCCGAUGGACAUUAGGAGCUGACAACAUUUGCUUCACAAAGUAUUGGCAUUCCUUAUUCUUCAGUCUUGGACGUGUGGUGCCAGUGUGUCGGGGGGAAGGAGUUUACCAAAAGAGUUUAGACUUUGUUUUAGAUCAGUUGAAUUCAGGUCAAUGGUUGCACAUGUUUCCCGAAGGAAGAGUAAACCUUUCCAAAGAAUUUAUGCGACUGAAAUGGGGUGUUGGACGUUUAAUUGCAGACUGUAACAAUAAUUCUUUAGUUUUACCAAUAUGGUUAGUUGGAAUGGAUUCUAUUUUACCAAAUAAAAAACCCUACAUACCCAAGAUAGGAAAGACUGUCACUGUAUUAAUUGGUGAACCUAUCCAGUUUAAAUCAGAUGUGCAACAACUACAGAAUGCCGGUAAAAAUGCUCGUGAAAUACGGAAAUAUAUCACAGACAGAAUUCAGGAUGAAUUUAGACACAUGAAAAUCAAAGCAGAGCGAAUACAUCACGAAAGUCUUUAUAGAUCUUAACAUUUUCAUAAAUUAGCUUUUAUUAAUUAAAAACAAAUUCACAGAAA